CUCCAAUCACAGCCGCGUAGGGGCGGGCCGACGACGGACCUGCCGGACUAACCGGAGGCCGGCGCAGGGUCGAGGCCACUGGACCCGCCGUUGGAAUCAGGCCUGGGUGAGGGUGCUGCUAGUUCUCUCCCAGCCAGGCCAAGGACAGGGUCGCACGCUCCAGGAGGGAGAGCUCUCGGAGGGCGGCGGAAGGGGCCCCCCAGGCCUCCUCGGCUUGCGGCGACCGCCCGCGCCUAAUCCCAACCAAGACACUACCUGCCUCCUCCUUCCGCUUCCGGGCCCACCGGCCCCGCCAUAUUAGGUUCCGGCCCCGCCCCCCGUCUCAUUGGCCCGGACCCAGGCCCACCUCCAGCUUAUUGGUCCAGCCCUCGCACCCAAACCCAACCCACCCAGCCUAGGGCCUUCUCCCGGCUAACUUCAGGUCCCUCCUCGUCUGGGCUCCACCCUCUCCCCGCCCACCCUUUAAGCCACGCCCCGGUCGUGCAACGCUUCUAGGCCAAAUUGGGUCCAAGUUUCGGGCUCGUAGGCCGCAUUGCUCCGCCCCUUCGAUCCAGGCUCCGCCCAUUUCACCCAGGUACUCCGCCGUACCCCGCUCGUUAGUUCCCAUGUCAAUCUACACUUCAGAUCCCCACCCACCGGCGCCGGGAGUCCUACUAGACCCCGCCCCCUUCUUAAGCCCCGCCCAAGCCUGCCUAGGCCCCGCCCUCAAUUCGCUUCCCUCCUCGCCAAGGCCCCUCCCCAGCCACCGAAGCCUGGUCCUCACAGGCUCCAUCCCUGCACCCCAUCCAGUUCCCUGUCGCCGUCGCACCCAGGUGUUUACCUGGCUCUUAGGUGAGUCGUGUGCCCUGGCGGUUUCGGUCUAAGCCUCCCGCCUCUUCUCCGGGAGGGUUCCUCAAGCCCGGAAGACACGGAGGGGCCCCAGACCAAAGGCGGCGGGCUCCCCAGCCCGGGUCCCGCCUCGGUGAGGCUGCUCGCGCCCCCCGCCCACACCCCCGAAGGCAGCGCCGAAGUGGUCCCGGGUCGCGGCGACAUGCCCGAGCUGGUGGUGACAGCGCUACUGGCGCCGUCGCGCCUCAGUCUGAAGCUGCUGCGCGCCUUCAUGUGGAGCCUCGUGUUCUCCGCGGCGCUGGUGGCCGCCGCCGUCUAUGGCUGCAUCGCGUUCACACACGUGCUGUGCCGGCCCCGACGCGGCUGCUGCGGGCGCCCCCGGAGCGCCCCACCCGCCUGUGUGAGCGACCCCACGCUGGGCGAACACUGCUUCCUGACCCUCAAGAGCUCCGGCCUGCGCCUGCACUACGUCUCCGCCGGACGUGGCAAUGGGCCCCUCAUGCUGUUUCUGCACGGCUUCCCAGAGAACUGGUUCUCCUGGCGCUACCAGCUUUGGGAAUUCCAGAGCCGCUUCCACGUGGUGGCUGUGGACCUACGGGGAUAUGGACCCUCAGAUGCCCCUCGGGAUGUAGACUGCUACACCAUGGACCUGCUGAUGACAGACAUCCAGGAUAUCAUCCUGGGCCUGGGUUAUUCUAGGUGUAUCCUGGUGGCCCAUGACUGGGGUGCACUCAUCGCCUGGAAUUUCUCCAUCUACUACCCAUCCCUGGUCGAGCGGAUGGUAAUUGUCAGUGCUGCCCCCAUGUCCGUGUACCAAGGAACUUCCCCCUGGAGCCCCAGGAGCUUGCCACCCCAACUCUGCUGCUGUGGGGAGAGAAGGACACCUACUUCGAGCAGGGGCUGGUGGGAGCCAUCAGCAGUCGCUUUGUGCCCGGCCGGCUGGAGGCCCAUAUCCUGCCAGGCGUGGGGCACUGGAUCCCACAGAGCAACCCUGGGGAGAUGCAUGAGUACAUGUGGGCCUUCUUGCAAGACCUGCUGGACUAGUGGCCCUCGCUCACUGGCCUGUGUGCACCUAGGAGACCCCACAGUGCAUGUACGUGGGUGGACUCCUGGAUUGUGCAUGGGCGUGGAACUCGAGGCUGCACCCAAGGGUGUCUGCGGAGGCCCUCAGGCACACCAGCCCAUGGGCUCGCCCACAGGUGUGCGUGUGUGCGCAGGUGAACAAGCGCCUUGAUCCUGGAGAACCAGGGGCAGCUCUCCUCGUGGAGUUAGAUGUGGAGUGUCCUACCUCUCCCCACCCCCAGGGCCUCACUGUUCUCCCCAGCGUCGGCCAUCAGAGCAGCACCAGACACAGACUCUGACCUUCCUGUCCCUGGCUUUCCCCUGCAGUCUGAGUCUUCAGCUAAAUGCUGCUGUGUGCGAUAGGAUGCUGGCAGCCACAUCUGGCCGCUUCGGUUCACAUGCAAAGUAACUAAAAGAAAAUCAAUUAAAAAUUCA